UUUUAUUAAUAAAGAGAUCUAUGUGUAUGAAAUGAUUUCAAAAUCUCAACAAAAUAUGGCCAUACUUGAUGAUGAAAUAAAAUUCUCACAAAACAUGAAUGAAAUGCCAAAAAAUUUAAGUUUAGAUAAAAUCAACUGUGAUAAAACCACAUCUCUACCCCUCAAAAAGGAGGAUAAUGCAAAUCUUGUAAAUGAUUUAUGUGAAAAUAGUAAAAAUAAUAGUGAAAAUAGUGAAAUUAAAUCAAGAGAAUUCCAAAGUGAAACUAGAAUACAAUUAAGUUUUAGUGUAGAUCGUUUGCUAAGCAAUAAAUUGCAACAAAAUAAAAAAUCUCCUCCCCCUUCUGCUCAACUGGAAACUCAUUCCCAUGAUCAGCGCAGUGAUAAAUGUUGUGAUGAAUUAAAUUCAUCUUACUCUUGCUGUUCUCUACCCAAUUGUUUAGUUAAUUCAUCUCCUGCAGCAUCUACAACACUAUCGUUUCAAGGUAAUUCGUAUCAGUCUACCGACGAGGAGAUGCCAACUGGACCUGCUGCCUCAUUUAUGGAUUAUAAAUCAGUGGUUAGACCUACACCUGUUCGUGCAAUGGGCAAUAGUUCUGAAUCAGUUCCCUCCCUCUCGCACUUUUCCUCCCUGCCGCAAACAUCUCUCAUACGAUUUCAUCAUGCUCACAUGCAGCAACAAAAACAAUUAUCGCAACAUUUACCCGCCCAACCAAACUUCACCUUGUCUUCCCUGAUGAAUCCGCUCUGUGGUCUAAAGCCUCUACAAAUGAAUGUCCAACAAAUGGGACUGCAGAAUUUUUCCACAGCAGCUGCAGCGAAUAGAUUCAAUACGAAAGUGAAUUUUGACAUUCCGGUAGUAAGACCAAACAUGCAAUGCAUAUCCUCGCUAAGACAUCAUCAUUUGUCAGCCACGAAUUCCAAUGAAACUCACAUGAAUUUCAAUAACAAUACAACAGCAUCUUCCACAGGAAAUACGGCUACCACAAAUAGCAAUUCGGGGAAUUCCCAUGCAAAUAUAAGCAGUGGUAAACGCAAACGUUCCUGGUCCCGGGCAGUGUUUAGUAAUUUGCAGCGUAAAGGUUUGGAAAUACAGUUUCAACAGCAAAAAUACAUUACCAAACCGGAUAGGCGCAAAUUAGCGGCCCGCCUGAAUCUAACUGAUGCCCAGGUUAAAGUGUGGUUUCAAAAUCGUCGCAUGAAAUGGCGUCACACUCGUGAGAAUCUAAAAAGUGGCCAAGAGAAACAACCUGGUGAAACUGCUUCAGCCGAUAACUUAAAAUCAAAUGUGGACAAUGGCGUUGGCAAUGACUUACCCGGCUACUCUUCAGAUGGUUCCUCCAGCCUAGAGAUGAGUGAUGUUGAGGAGGAUGAUGAUGAAAUUGAUGUUGUAGAAUAGUAGACUUUAUUUUAAAACUGAUAUAUGAAUAGUUAUAGAUUUUAUUUAUUUAUUUCUUUGUUUUUAAUUUUUAGCCUAAUAAUGGAAUAUUU